CACGGUAGAAAGAGUGGGAGAUACUAGUUCCUUUCCCUUCCCCUCGAUCUUACGAGCUCUAGCAAUUACCAUCGUUGUCGACGUCAUCAUUUACGGUAUCAUCUAUUUCGCAUUAUUUUGGACUUCGGAGGAGACAGCGCUGGUCAAAAAAAAGUAUUCUGAGAGGAAAAGCUUCCGCCUAGGAAUACUGGAGUCGUAAAAUCUAUCAUUGUGUAUUACUUUCUUUUCACGAUCCAGAAGUCUUUGUUAAUCUUAAGUAAGUUCUAAUUUUACAUUUACUAAAUUUACAUUUACAUUUAAGUUAAGAAAAAAAAAAAACUAGGCCUAAAAAAAUGAAUUCCGAAGUAACCGCAUCAUUUACUCUUUAUUUAAAUUGUAUUAAAAAUAUCCAAGAUUUUGAUGGCUCAGAUAAAAACCAGCUUCCCGACUUUAUAAAUCAAAUCAACGAAUUAAUGCCAUGUUUUCAAGUGUUCGACGAGCAAUCGAGAAAAGUCCUCUUUAACUAUAUAAAAAAUAAAUGUUGUGGACUAGUAAGACCCGUUUUGCAUAGGUACGGAAACGUUACGUCUUGGGAAAGACUAAAAGAAAUACUAAUAAAACAUUUUGGGGAAAAGGAAAGUAGUGACGAAUUGAUGGACGCAUUAAAACUAUGUAGAAUAGAAUCCACAAUAGAGCAAUAUUACGACAAAAUAAAUGAAAUUGCCAAUAGACUGCACAAUCGAAUAUUAACACACUCUGACGGGACGUAUACCACUCAAGAAGUAAACAGAAUUUCACUUAGAGUAUUUAGGGACAAUCUUCCUGAACCAACGAAAACAAUGAUUUUUGCCAGAAACCCUCCAUCAUUGGACGACGCAUACAAAAUUAUUGAAGAUGCCCGCCAUCAAAGUUAUACCUUGUAUGGACCAAUUCGAAAACAAUUUAGCAACAAACCCCCUUUUAGAAAAUAUUUCAGUAACGAUAGUAACAAUCAAAAUGAAAGAACUCCAAAUGGAUACCAUAAUCAACCACAAAUAGAGGAAAAUCCUGGCAGUUUCAACAGGCAAAAUACAAAUAGGUAUGAAAAUAGAACCAGUUAUAAUAACAAUUAUGCCGCUAAUCCAUCUAGAAAUUCUAGAAUGUCCUAUAACACUAUCCAGCCUCAACAGGUAGCUAGCCGUAACACUCAAAAUAAUAAUUCGGUAGGUCAAAUGGACAUAGGUAAUAUUAAUACAAAUUUUCAAUUAGGGGACCAGCAAGACUACCCUAUAUAAAACUUCGAUCAUCUAAAAGAGACCUCCUAUUCAUUAUCGAUACUGGAGCGGAAUUCAGUAUCAUAAAUGAAAACAUAUGCCACCCAAAAUGGAAAUCAAACAUCGAAGUACAAAAUUUGGAGCAAAUAAUUAUUCGUGUGAGUUCUUGGAAUACAACUUCCACGAUAUAUUCGAUGGCAUAAUAGGAGGCAACAUAUUAAAUGAUUUAAACGCAAUAAUAAACUAUUCAGAACAGACAAUUACUUUGAAUAACGUUAAACUAAACUUCUACACAAGGCACCCAAAUACGUUAAAUAGUCCGGAAGUGAACACUAGCCAUAGCGUGCCGCUAGAAUAUCUAAAUCCUAUUUAUCAGAAACUACUCACUCCAGUUUUAAAACGAUUUGAAGGUAUAUUUUAUAAAGAAGGAGAUAAUUUAACCUUUACGAGUGAAGUUAAACACAAAAUUCAUACAAAAAAUGAUAUUCCUAUCUAUUCGAAAGCUUAUAGGUAUCCCGAGGCCCAUAAUGACGAAGUAAAUAAACAAAUAUCCGAUAUGCUAAAACAAGGAAUAAUAAGACAUUCGAAUAGUCCGUACAACAGUCCCUUAUGGGUUGUCCAAAAGAAAUUGGAUAAAUCAA